UUGCACAGAUUAGAGAUGUCUGCACAGAGGUUAAUUUCCAACAAAACAUCCCAGCCAUCUUCAUCCAGUUCUGAUUAUACUUGGGAAUAUGAAUAUUACGAAAUUGGACCAGUUUCAUUUGAAGGCCUGAAAGCCCAUAAAUAUUCCAUCGUCAUCGGAUUUUGGGUUGGUCUUGCUGUCUUCGUGAUUUUCAUGUUUUUUGUACUGACCUUGCUGACCAAAACAGGAGCGCCGCACCAAGAAAAUGCAGAACCCUCUGAAAAGCAUUUUCGAAUGAAUAGCUUUGUUACAGACUUUGGAAGGCCUCGGGAGCCGGAUAAGGUAUUUUCUCGCCCAGCAACCGCUGAGUCUAGAUUUCUCUUUCAUUGCUACAUCAAUGAAGUAGACCAGAUGGAAAAGACAAAGACAAGUCACAAAGCGACUGCUGUGGAUGCUGAUGAGCUCUUCCAGGAGGGAUCCAGAAGCAGUGGAAGACCAGAGGAGGAGGAUGUGACCCAGAUGAGCAAAUUCAACAUCCCCAACUUUGUGAACACUGACCAAAACUCCUCCUUUGGGGAGGACGAUCUCCUGAUUUCUGAGCCACCAGUUGUUCUAGAAAACAAGCCAAUAGCCCAUACCUCCCAUGAAGUCCUUGAUUAA